AUGCCAUGCAAGCUGAAAGUGACUGUGGGGGUGACUCUGGGGGUGACUCUGGGGGUGACUCUGGGGGUGUCUCUGGGGGUGAAGCUUGAGGUGAAGCUGGAGGCGAAGCUGGAGGUGAAACUGGAGAAAAUAGAAACUUGGGUGUAUCAAAUUUGCGUAUCUAAGUUGCACCUCAGAAUCAGGUUUAAACACUCGACACUUCUUUGCACAAUCGAAGACACUCACUCUCUCGCAGUAGUCCCCACUAACUUCCGACAGCAACCCCACAAUAUGUGCAUUGCACCAAUUGACAGUAAUCUUAAUAUACAGCGGAUGCAUAGUAAGAUUCGUCACCGUCUCUCCAACCCAGGUGUCAUAAAUGUUGAACUCUUUAUCUCUUUUGUUGUGAGUUAUGACACACGAGUCGCCAUUGUAGAUCUCCAACGGAGGAGGGUGAAAUCUAAACAGAGCAUUGGUUAUGCCAAAGACCUCUUGAACAUCACCCUUAAGUUCGAUAAUAGAUACAUCCAAUCUUUCCGUGCUUGACAAAGUGCUCUUCGUGUCUAAUCUGAUUUUUUCCACCCCAAGACAAGUUUUAUUCUUAUCCUCUUCACUGAGGAAUUCUGUGAAAUGGGAGUUCGGGAGAACACACAAAAGUACUUUUGGAAACAAGACGACUGGAAAGCGAGUGGUCAUGCAAUAACGAUCUUUGAUGAAAAUACAGUUGGAUAUAUGGAGCAUUGGCUCCUUAAAAGUGUAUGUUCUCCGCAUCACGGACAUAAUAGGACUGGCCCAUAUCGGGCCUAA